GUUUAUGUAACCCACCUUUCCAGAUUCGAUCAGAAAAUUACAAGUCUAAAAGACAAGAAAGUAACGGAUAAAAUAUCACAUCCGUUUCAGUUUCGUUUCAGCACGAGAUGGAUGUGUCUUUCGGCGUCGUGCUGCUCCUGUUGCUUCUCCUCUCCAUCACGCUGCUUGGAAGUGAGAGGACCAUUCAGGAGUUUCGCCAGGCAGGGUCACAUUUCUUCGACGCCUGCCGGCAGCUGCUUCUCUCCAUAUUACCUCUUUGCUGGAUGUUAUUCCAACUGUGCAAUUCCGCUUUACACGUCUUCAAAGUGCCUUACCACAUCUUCCUCUUCUGCUGUCAUCUGUUUUUAGCUUUAAUUCAUUACCAGGAAGCAAAGGAUUUGCAAAGAAUCGGCGAGUACCAUUCAUGUGAAGAGCAUUUUCAUGAAGCACAGCAACAUCCAUUUGAGGGGGUACGUCAGCUUUGCAUUGCCGGAUUUUACUUGCCCAGGGCUUUGUACCACUUUCUUGAUGGGUUAGACUGGCUGUUUGAAGCUUUUUCGCAGCUUCUGAAAGCAUCCCUUUCAGCCUUCUUGACUAUUCAGCACAUUCUCAGAACUAUAAUUUGUGCUUUAAAAGAUUUAGUAUGGCAUUUCCAAAAGUUGAUUUUAUUACUGGACAAAGAGGCAGGAAGAAGCUGUGAAGACAACUGGCAAAAAUCAACAAGACAGGCUAAACCGGAAUGGAAAAUGUUCACCAAAAAGUGACAAUUUUGAAAUUAUUAUGCAUGCAUAUACAGUACAGUAUUCUGUGGAAUGUUUCUCAUAAAUGUACGUAGGAAUCUGGCACUAAUACAACGUCAUAUAGUUGAAGGGGAAACCUUGACGAAUUCCAACAAGUAUUUGGAUGACAUUUCAGAUGUCAUCUGUUUCAUCAUGACUGGAGGACUGAAUGGUCUUCUUAUAUUUGUAGAGGUUCUUAUACUCUCGCAGAUACAUUUCAGAAACAAUGCCAAUAAAUAAACUUAUCAUUGCCAUUUUUUACAUUUAUAAGAAUUGCUUAUUUGCUGUACAUGUUUUAGUGUUGAUCUAAGAAUGCAAUUAAAUGCAUGUAUGAUUUCCGAAUUUAAACAAUACUAACAGCUUACUAGCAAAGACAUUAGGAAGAGUACUGUAUGUGGCGCUUUAGGUUUGGGUGUUAGCACUCUGGUCAAGAGGCUUAGCAGAAAUGGGGUCCU